UUUUUUUUUUUUUUGGAAUGUCUAGAUUGUAGAAUUUGGAGCCCUAAUUCUGACGGAAAGAGCGUCUCCUUCGUUUCAAUUUCCCAAUUUUUACAAGUGGCGUUGCAGCUUGCAGCCCCAAAAGUCGCUGCCUGGAAGCAGCCGUCGGCGGAGUAAGGAGAUAAAGGAGGAUUUCUAGCGAUUCGCUGGGUUUUCGCUUAGAAAAGGGCACGGAGAUGGCGAAGCGCGAGAUAUCUAGCACUCUCAAGAACUUGAAGUUCAUGCAAAGGGGAGCCCCUAAAGAAGUGAAACCCGAGAAACAAGAAGAGGUUCAACCGAAUGGUAAUUUCGUCUCACCUGGAGGUAUUAGAAAGUGUGUGGUGAUAAUGGAAGGCGAUCCCCAUCCUGCUGCAGCUAUAGGCCGGAUGUCAUUCGGAAGUUUCAAUCCUUCUGUUGAUAAACUCAAUGAAGAGACAGCAAACCUUACUUCUCGAGAACCAGCAUCAUCAUCGGGUGGUCAUACAACAGCAAAUGCAUCUCUAAGUAGAGAAAAUGGGUUGUCACCAGAAGUUGCAGAAUGCUCUGACACGGCCAUGCCCGAUUCUCAUGGAAGUGGAGACCAGAAACGAAAACAGCCUGAUGCAGUUUCUGAAACAGAAAACUCCAUCAACACAGUGGCAGAAGCCGUUGAUGGUGGAGACCAGUCAAGAAGGAAGAAGAGCAAGAACGCUUCUUUCCGGCAGAAGGGCCAAAAGCUGGACUUCACCGUUCUGAGAGCAAAGACUGAAAAUAAGUGAAGAUGAAUCCUUGUUUGUGGCUGUAUCAUUAAUGUGUUAGAAAUUCUUUGUUUGUCAGUGUGGGAUCCUUGAAUGCCUUGGCCUCGAGCUUGUAUUAGCACACGUCAUCCCUUUGUUCUAUUGAUUCAAGAUAGUGAAACAGUUGCAGACGAUACUCAUCAAAUUCUUAUGCUUCCAUGUUUUUCAAGUGCUCUACUUCAUCUUAAGUAGUGUUACAUUCUGCUUUGCAGCAUCAUAGUUUGCUUGGAUUUCAUAAGAGAAUAUAACAAGGCAUCUUAUCCAUUUAUAACCAGAACAGAAAGGUCGAGCUACAAUUCAGACAGAAAGAUUCAUUCUCUACUACACGAAAGGGCAGAGAUGCCCAACAAAAAACAAGCUUAAUAUCAUAACUCUAGAAUCAUCAACCUAAUAAUAGUAAUCCUUAUCAACAGGCUUCCACACCGAAAGUGCAUACACAAUCCUACCCUUCCAACCCUGCAACAUCCAUCGACCAUCCUCAUCCACACCAAAAUCCUUAUCAUACUCGGAUUUCACCGUCCCUCUCACCCUCUUCAAAAUGGUCUCAUCCAGCGCCAGCUGCCUGAACCCAGCUCUCAAGUUCCUCGCCUGCCACUGCUUGUAAGUCUCAGGCCUCUCCAGCCUCUCCGCUCCCUCGCAAGCCACCACGUUCAUUAUAUCCCUUCCAUACAUCUCCCUCUCGAAGAGCAGCCUGUGCUCGUCUUCCCGCUGAAGUGUUGCAUCAAACAUGUCGAACAACGACGAGUAAUGGAACAGUGCCUCGCGAAACCUCGUGGUGAAGAAUGGAGCGUUGUAGCUUCCAUUCGCAAUGCCAUGGAUGAACACCUGCGGGUUCACCUUGUGUAUCAGUCCCAGCACCGCAUCUCUCGCGCUGUCCACAGCCACCGUGUCAUCCGCGAGAUUCCUCAUUCGAUACAAGCAGUUCACCACGGUCAUCUCGUCGGGGUCGAUCUCGAGAUCCUCGUACUUGAUCGUCUCCCAUUUCUGCGCUACGGCCUUGUACUCGAAGGGCACGUUGAACCUCUCGCAGUACCUUUGUAACCGUCGACCCGUCUCCUCCACCCUCUCCUUGGGGCGGAACCCUGGCUGGGGGAAGUCGAUCCCGGUGAUGCGCAACUUGGGAGGUCCAUCGGGGCGUUCUGAGAGGCGCUGGAUGAGGCACGGCCAUUGGAAGCCAUAGAGAAUGCCGAAAUCAAUGAUGUGGAGCCUGGUUGCCUUCUCGGCGAGGUUGUAGAUGGUUCGAUUGGCGAAGAAGUUGGACAUCCUCUUGAAAGGGCAAGAGUUGAGGAACAUCUGAUAAGCCUUCAAAAUUUCAGCCAUUGGCGUCUUGGCUUUCACAUCUACUGCAUAUUUGGGAGCUCCCGUGCCUCCUAGGCGAGCCUCCAAGGCAGCGGCGAAGUAAUGAGCCAUCCUCUGGUUCCCGUCCCCGUAAGGAGACGAAUGGAGGCGAAUCUGCUUCAAUAGGUCAUUAGUAGUUCUCUGGUCGCUGCUCGCAACCGCCUGAGCGCACUGAGUUAGCAGAGUCCACAAAUCCACCACUCCCCCUUUCUUAUUGUUCGCUUUCUUGGAUCGGCCUCCCUUCCCGUUGCUAGCGCUGGAUCCCUUCUUCUCCAACUGAUGGCUGCUGGGAUUAUUACUACAGUCCUCUUUUAACGAACAGAGCAAAAUCUCGUCUAGCAUCUUGAUGUUCUCCGGCUCUUCCUCGUGGGAAACUGCCGACUGCUUGUUGCUCCGCUCUUCUUCAAAGGAAUUCCCAUCGUCGCGGCCGUGGUUCUUCCUCCCUAGGUCUGGGUUCGGAACAAAGAUAGAAGGAGCUUCUGAAAUGGGAUUAUUCUUCUCCGUCCACCCAAUGGCAAAAGGGUUUAACUCGGCGCGGAAAUCUGGACCCAGAAACUCAUUAUUGUAACCAUUACCAGCAGGGAAGCCGAGAUCGGGAACCCAAUUGGAGCUAUCAACGGCAGGAAGACCUUGGGCGGAGUUGCAGCAGGAGGAAUCAGAAGAAGGUUGAGGGUAUUCUUGGCCGAGAACGUCGUAGAGGGAUUUCUCGGCAGCCUGGAGAGCCAAACAGUCCUGGUACAUACAGGUCUUACUAUCUAAAUCUUCCUCCAUGAGCAUGUCGCUGAUGUACUUAAAAACGGCGUUGUUGCUUGGGUAGUCCCCUUCUGAAGCAGACGGGGAGAGGGACGAUGAUGAAGAGGAAGAAGAAGAUGGGGAGUCAGAUGGGGGAUCUGGGAACCCAUGAUUGAGUUGUUGGUACCCAUCAAGCGGAUUGCAGCGGGAAGUCUGGGUGGCGCGCUGGAACUUGAAAGGGUUGACGGAGUUGGGGAUUUCUGGAAGCAGAGCAUCCAUGGGGGAUUGG